AUGGAUGACCAACUGCAAGCGAUCAAUCAGAGAGCCGACGAUGAUAUAUCAAAUUCAAGCAAUAAGGAGACUAGGAAAAUGGACGGGGAAAGGAAAUGUCCGUCGCAUGUAAUCGACGUGACAUGCGAUGAAUUUUUGGUGGAAAAUCAGAGAGAGUGUAGAAUAUGCCAUUUGAAUGCCAAGGAGAGUGGGGGGAAUUCGGUGGAGUUGAUCGAGCUUGGCUGUGGAUGCAAAGGGGAGCUCGGAGUUGCUCAUUUGCGUUGCGCUGAGGCGUGGUUUAGAGUGAGAGGAUAUAGAAUGUGUGAGAUAUGCAGUGAGACUGCAAAGAACAUCACCGGGGUGGGAGACAUCCAGUUCAUGGAGGAAUGGAGGGAGUCUCAAAGCCCAACAGGAGGGAGCAGAAGGUGGUUGAGCGGGCAGCUCUUGUGUAGCUUCUUGAUGGCGUUUCUGAUGAAGUAG